AUGUCCUUCCUCGUCUGCAUUCCACCAUUGAUCUGGCACUGUCGAAACGGAAACUUUCCUGCCUCCUGCUUGAUUAUGUGGAUUCUCACACAGAAUCUCUUCAAUUUCAUCAAUCCAUUAAUUUGGCCUGAUGACGAUGUCAAUUCCUGGUGGAUGGGGUAUGGCUACUGCGACAUCCAAUCCAAACUUAUCACAGGUGCCGGUGUUGGCAUUGCAGGCCCUCUGGUCUGUAUCUUCCGCAGCCUUGCCAAAGUAUUGGAUACGGAGCGGACUACCCUCGUACCUAGCAAAGGAGAUCGAAGGUGGAACACCGCUUUUGAGGCCAUAUAUUGCGUUGUUAUUCCAGUCAUCAUUAUGGCCUUACACUUUAUUAUCCAGGACAGCAGAUACUACAUCUAUAGCAUUGUUGGCUGCAUGCCAGCUUACCAUUCCAGCUGGGUUAGCUUCAUCGUAGGCUACAUCUGGCCUCCAAUAAUCUUGGUUGUUGCCUGCUUCUACUGUGGUAAUGCUUCUCUUCCCUCAAAUGUAUCGUCUGGCGCCUUGAACACUGCUAACUGUGACCAAGCACUCGUGUUAUAUCGCCUGUUCAAGUACAAGCGUGAUUUUUCUCAACUUGUAUCGUCCAGCAGCACUACCACCAAAUCCAAUUUUAUCCGCCUACUCACUAUCUCGCUCGUACUCCUACUUGGAAGCUUGCCCGCCCAGUUCUUCGUCUUUUACUCCAACAUCACAUCCUAUAAACCAUGGGCUCCCUAUUCAUGGGAUGAAGUUCAUGGCCCUCAAUGGACUGCCGCAGGCUUCCUCUUAUUCAUCUUCUUUGGUAUUGGGCAUGAUGCGACAAUGAUGUACCGGUCUAUUCUUUUGAGGCUCGGCUUUGGAGAUUGCUUCCCUGCACUUCGACACCCUCACCUUAUGAUAAACCAGAGACAAGGUUCAUCUUCCACACGCUUUGGCUCCUUUAGCAGCACUGUCAAAAUGGCGCUAGGACGGAAGAAAGUGUUGACAUCCACAGUCAACUCUGACAUCACUCUCAAUGAAAAAACACGGACAAUGUCAUUGGAUGGAUACUUGUUUAAUGACCUGGAUUUAACCAGCUCCCUUGACAAGCAGCAGAGUGUCCAGAAGCCUUAUCAAAUGCCGGCAGUUCCAGCACCAGUAAACCGUUCCGGGAAUUUUAGCAAGUCCAAAAAGUCUCGCUGGCAAUCAGGAGACUCUAUUUUCCUCGAGUUCCUUACUGACACACCCGGUACCAGUGCGGUAAACGGAAGGUGUCCGGCGGACGGGCAUGAUAUGGUUUAG